GCGUCCAAUAGCAACCGCCGGGCGCUGCGCGAGGGAGAAGGGGAGGAGCGGUAGGCGGGGCGGUGUGGCCCGGGCCGCUUUCAGCAUUCCGCACGCAACUGAAGCGCUAGUCGGCCGCAUUCUUCUCCACUGUUUCGGCUCUCAGCCUCGUGGCCCUUGUAUUGCCAGGAUGUCGCUUUCUAACAAGCUGACUCUGGACAAGCUGGACGUGAAGGGGAAGCGGGUCGUCAUGAGAGUGGACUUCAACGUUCCAAUGAAGAACAACCAGAUAACAAACAACCAGAGAAUCAAGGCUGCCAUCCCAAGCAUCAAAUUCUGCUUGGACAAUGGAGCUAAGUCAGUUGUUCUUAUGAGCCAUCUUGGCCGGCCAGAUGGUGUCCCCAUGCCUGAGAAGUACUCUUUGGAGCCAGUUGCUGUAGAACUUAAAUCUCUGCUGGGCAAGGAUGUUUUGUUCUUAAAGGACUGUGUGGGCCAAGAAGUGGAGAAAGCUUGUGCUAACCCAGCUGCUGGGUCUGUCAUCCUGCUGGAGAACCUUCGCUUUCAUGUGGAGGAAGAAGGGAAGGGAAAAGAUGCUUCUGGGAAUAAGGUUAAAGCUGAGCCAGCCAAAGUAGAAGCCUUCCGAGCUUCCCUUUCCAAGCUAGGAGAUGUCUAUGUCAAUGAUGCUUUUGGCACUGCUCACCGAGCUCACAGCUCCAUGGUGGGAGUCAGUCUGCCACAGAAGGCUGGAGGUUUCUUGAUGAAGAAGGAGCUGAACUACUUUGCCAAGGCUUUGGAAUGCCCAGAGCGACCCUUCCUGGCCAUCCUGGGCGGAGCUAAAGUUGCAGACAAGAUCCAGCUGAUCAGUAAUAUGCUGGACAAAGUCAAUGAGAUGAUUAUUGGUGGUGGAAUGGCCUUUACCUUCCUAAAGGUGCUCAACAACAUGGAGAUUGGCACUUCUCUGUUUGAUGAAGAGGGAGCCAAGAUAGUCAAAGACCUGAUGUCCAAAGCUGAGAAGAAUGGUGUAAAAAUUACCUUGCCUGUUGACUUUGUCACUGCUGAAAAGUUUGAUGAGAAUGCCAAGACUGGCCAAGCCACUGUGGCCUCUGGCAUACCUGCUGGCUGGAUGGGCUUGGACUGUGGUCCUGAGAGCAGCAAGAACUACGCUGAGGCAGUUGCUCGGGCUAAGCAGAUCGUGUGGAAUGGACCUGUGGGCGUAUUUGAAUGGGAUGCUUUUGCCCAAGGAACUAAAGCUCUCAUGGAUGAGGUGGUGAAAGCCACUGCCAGGGGCUGCAUCACCAUCAUAGGUGGUGGAGACACUGCUACUUGCUGUGCCAAAUGGAACACAGAGGAUAAAGUCAGCCAUGUGAGCACUGGGGGUGGUGCCAGUUUAGAGCUCCUGGAAGGUAAAGUCCUUCCUGGGGUGGAUGCUCUCAGCAGUGUUUAGUACUUUCCUGCCUUUUGGUUCCUGUGCCCAGCCCCUAAGUCAACUUAGUCCUUGCCGUAUCUCUACUUGGCAUUAGCUAAAAUCUUCCCCCAUGUCAAGAUGCAGCUAGUGGCCAAGAGGUGCAGCACCAGGAACCCUUAAGCAGUUGCACAGCAUCUCAGAUCCUCUUUACUGCACCAUGGAUUUGCCUACAUUCUUCAAGAUCCCCUUUGAAUUUCCUAGCAACUAAGCCAUUAUGCAUUCUAGAGUGCAUAUAUUUAUAUUUUGCCUGUUAAAAGAAAAUGAGCUGUGUUAGCUUCUCUUUUUCAAGUAGCUUAUUCUAACUAGCUUUGUCAUUGUUUCGCUUCUCAGCAUGGAAAUAAGAUGAAAUUCCAAUUAUAGGUAGGUAGGGAGGCAAAGUUGGUGAACUAUGAAAUAAAUAAAAGUAUCCAUUGAAACUGGGA